GGGCCUGUGCGCGUGUACCUGCGCUGGACCGCUCUUUGCACGAGCAACAGGACCUGUCCCCGCGUGCUGCGUUCAAGGGCACCUUUUAAUGUUGUAUGUCAGUUAAGUGAUAAAUGAAUACCGACAACGUGGUUCUAAAAAGAAAGUGAUGACGCACUUGGUUGAACUUCAAGCAGACUAUUUCUAAUUUAAACUUGAUCUUAAUCAACGGCUUAAUACAAACGGCCUACAGAGCUUUCGUUUUUCCCGAUAGUACAUGAAGUCAACAACCCCCCCCCCCUCACCCUACCCGUCCGGGCUUCCACUGAAGCGGACGUGGGAUGUGCGGGAUGAGGUGAGGCAAAACGGACGGCGUUGUGAAGACCGACUUGUUCUACAUCAUGUCCGUAUUAAAUGACACGGAAAACAUGGCGAACGCCACUGCUUCUCAGCCGACUCUCAACGCGAGUUCCCCGUGGGCUCACCGGGCCGAGAUCCUUGAGAAUCCACUCCGGACCUAUCUCCUGGGAAUCAUAAUCUCCAUAUGUGGCAAUAUCCUCAUCAGCAUUUCCCUCAACAUACAGAAAUAUGCCCAUGUCCGUCACUCUCAGCGAGACUCAAAGCCGUACUACACGUCACCGGUUUGGUGGUGCGGCGUGGCUCUCAUGGGGGUUGGGGAGCUGGGGAACUUUGCCGCCUAUGGCUUCGCCCCAGCAUCGCUCAUAGCCCCCCUGGGCUGUGUGUCUGUCAUAGAUGAUGGACAUGGAUAUUGGGUUACACCGCUGCUGGACGGAAAAGCAGUAUGGAUGCAAGUGGACACGGCAGCAGCUGUAUCCUCGGUGUAUGAGGUUGUAUACCGAGAGAACCUACAUCACCUCGCACCACAACCAACAAAGAUCACGCUCAAAACAUACACCGCCAGCGCUGUCAUAUCUGUGAUUUUCCUCAAGGAGACGGUGCGCGUCUCUGACGUUCUUGGUGGAACCCUGGCGAUAACAGGGACCUACGUCCUGGUGACCUUUGCCCCCCACACCACCACACACAUCACAGCCCAUCUGAUCCAGUACUACAUCGUCAGCUGGUUCUUUGUGCUUUACCUUUCCCUAGAGGUGCUCUUAUUUUGCAUCCUGCUCUACGUGUACAAGAAGAGGAAUGUGAAGCACAUCGUUGUGGUGAUGCUGCUGGUGGCCCUGCUCGCCUCUCUGACAGUCAUCUCAGUCAAAGCCGUCUCAGGGAUGAUCACAGAGUCAAUAAAAGGCCAGCUGCAGUUCAUCUACCCCAUCUUCUACGUCAUGCUCGUCAUCAUGAUCGCUUCCUGUGCCUUCCAGAUCAAAUUUCUCAAUCAGGCAAUGAAAAUGUUUGACGCCACCGAGGUGGUUCCUAUCAACUUUGUGUUUUUCACUGCCAGUGCCAUUGUAGCAGGGAUAGUGUUUUAUCAGGAAUUUGAAGGCUUGGCAUUAUUAAACAUUUUUAUGUUUCUUUUGGGCUGUCUCCUGUCUUUUCUGGGAGUUUUCCUGAUAGCCCGAAACAGGCCAAAAAUAAAGCAACAGGAUCCAGAUUUUAUUGCAUUGGAUAAGAUUCCGAGCAGAAGCCACACAGACAAAGUGCAGCCAGAGGCCAACACUCAGACAUACGGAUCGCUGGCAGCCAAACUCAUGUGCAACAGCGCCAGCCGGACCCACCACGAUUCCUAAGAUUGGCUCCAUCUGGGGGGGGGCGGUCUGUAUGUGUGUGCAUAUAGUUUUCAGGAUAAGAUGACGUAGAUCAGGCUUUUUGGUUCCCCGAAGCACGUUUGGCUAAAUCACCAUAGCAAGGUUCAUUUGAACGCCAGCUGAACGUUUAGAGAGUUCUCCGAGAUCACAAUGACGUCCCGUACGAGCGCUGUCAAUGCUGAGGACAAGACCUUCUGGAGCGUAACGUUACGUGAACACCACACGCUGCAGCCGAGCAUCGACGGUCCCACUGUUCUAUAUGUCAUCUCACUGAAUCUUGUGGUGCAGAGAACAUCUGGAAAGCCGCUGCAUGUCAUGCUCUUUGUAAAGUUCUGUUUAUUUUGGCGCUUAAUAAACUUAUGGUCUUCCAUGUC